CAAUUCUUUCUUUCUUUUCCUUGAAUCCUCUUCCCUCCUUCCUCUCUCUCUCUCUCCUCUUCUCUCAACUACCGUUCUGCUUCUUGUUCCCAAAAAUCGCAACUUUCUUUCUUAUUUUUUUUCACGGGUAUCGUUGAAUUGCGUGUUUCUGAUAAUGGAAGAUACGACAUUCACCAAGGUCUUCGUGGGAGGAUUAGCAUGGGAAACCCACAAAAUCUCUCUCAGGAAUUACUUCGAACAGUUUGGGGACAUUGUUGAAGCCGUCGUUAUCACUGAUAAAUCUAGCGGCAGAUCCAAAGGAUACGGCUUUGUGACUUUUUGUGAUCCGGAAGCAGCACAGAAAGCAUGCGUAGAUCCAGCUCCUGUGAUCGAUGGAAGAAGAGCUAAUUGCAAUCUUGCGGCUUUUGGUGUUCAGAGAUCCAAACCUUCUUCUCCAAUUCACGGACACGCAGGAGGAAGAGGCGUGAAGGUCACUAGCCCUUUCAAGACACACUUUGGGGCUCCCGCUGCUCUUCCUUCUCCACUUCCAUUCUCCCACUACGCACUUCCUUACACUAAUCCUUUUGGGUUCUCUUCGUACUCAAUGGAUUACAAUUACCCCACGAGCUACUACAAUGUUUAUGGAGGUGCAACUGCACAGCAUCCAAUGUAUGGUAGCGGACCAAUGACUGGUGUAGCAGCAGCAGCAGCGUUUUACCCAUAUCUCCAGUUUGCUGAAGCAAAUGCACCCGUCACUGGUUAUGCUCCUCUCCACUACCCCAAUCACAUGUUUCACUAUUCACCUCUUGCGUCGUCUACUGGUGGUAAUUACCCACAUCACAACGGCUCACCAGUGUCUCUUGCACCUUCACCGGUCAUACCAUCAGUGUGCUUUGCAGUUCCACAGGCUUGACCAUGAAGGCUCAUGGUUCACCUCAGAUUCCAUGAUGCUGUGUAGAAGCCGAUUCAUUUAAAUCCUUAAAGCCAAGCUCUGUUUACUAGUUUCAUCCGCAUGCCCCGAACUUCCACAAGACCUGUGGCCUAACCAUGGUUGCCCUUUUCCCUCUAUGCUUCUAACCCCUUAGGCAAGAGCCCAUAUUUUGGAGUUUGGGCAUCUUUGCAAGUUCCAAUUAAGUCUCACAUAGGGGUUUAAACUUGGACCAUAGUCAUACGCAUUACUCAUCUUUUCAUUUUUCUCAUUGCAUCACGUGCUUCUGAACGAAAAGGUUUCGUUCAAGAUAGCCUGUUCGAGCUGUAGAAGUAUCAACUUAAGUAAGAGUUACCGUGUCUUGCACAGUGCCCCAGAAAGGCAAGCAAUUUUGUAGAAAAAAACUCUAAAAGCUUAGGAUUGGCUGAUCAACAAGAAAGGAAAUAAGGAUUUCCCGGGAAAGGCUCAAGAAAGUGAAUUGCCACCACCUGGAAGUGUUUGAAGUAGUGUGCAUAAAGGUGUGCCCACUACUUCGCGCAAUAUCCAUUUUUAAUGUGCAGUCUUAGAAUUAUUAGAUCUAGGACCAUCUUGUUACGAAAUGUGUUAUAUCAUAGGGAGCUAGAACAGAAAAGAAAGGCAGAGAAAUAGCCUCAUAGACUUCCUUUGAGGAGAAAGGAAGUAAUAGUGUUUGCUAACCCAUGUAUAUUCUCGGUGGCUAAGCUUUGGAGUUAUAGCCACACUUGAACUAACAUAGAUUAAGAUCAUUUUUAAGAUUCAAAAUUUAGAUUGCUCAUCAUAGUUUCAACCAACCCUACAGAUGGAAUGUGGGGUCAUUGCAUUUGCAUGUUUUGCCUCUUGGGACAUAUUUUGGUUCCCUUUAGGUUCUUCUCUUAACAUCAACUAAACCAGUUGACCAACCAUGGUUAGGAUUCAGGUGAGAGGUAUUCAUCACCUCCUUAUCUCUCUUUUACUCUGUCCUCUGUUUCUUCAAGACCAAAAAAAACAGACUCUUUUAUGUACUUAAUGUUAUCAUGUAAGCGUGUGAUUCUGAUUCUAUGUAAGAAAACAAAACCUUCAUUCUCCAUCCGCGGUGGAUGGAAAAUGAAAAAUGUAAUUGCAAUAUUUCACUU